GAGUGAACAUCGACCGUACCACGUCAGCUGUUUACGUUGAUAUAGCAGACGUAACGGAGGCACGGAAUUGGAAUUGGGCGAAUUUCUGGAAGUUGAAUUAAACUUUGGAGAUUAGCUCUAUUGUAUGGCUGGAUACGGUGAUCAGGGCUUCAACCAAAACAUGGAUCAAGGAGGCUUUUUUCAAACUGACUAUGACCAACAGCAAGGCUAUGAUGUUGGAGGCCAAUAUGGUGCUCCUGGGGGCUAUGAUGACUAUUCCCAGCAAGGUUAUGGAGGUCAACCUCAAAUGAUGUCACCACAGGUCCCCUACACCGGUCAGAUCAUGACCCCCGAACCCAUGCCAUCAGGGGCCAGUUACUCUGACAGUUUUGAUGAUGAACCUCCACUCCUUGAAGAACUUGGAAUCAACUUUGAACAUAUUUAUCAAAAGACACUGUCUGUUUUAAACCCCAUGAGGGAGACAGAUCCUGCAGCUAUCAAUGAUUGUGAUCUGGCAGGCCCCCUUGUCUUUGCCUUGGGCUUUGGUGGAACCCUUCUGUUGGCGGGUAAAGUCCAAUUUGGUUACAUCUAUGGUAUUGGUGGUAUCGGUUGCCUAGGAAUCUGGAUGUUGCUGAAUUUGAUGAGUCUGACGGGAGUUAGUGCAAGUUGCAUCGUCAGUGUGUUAGGGUACUGCCUACUUCCAAUGGUCUGUCUCAAUUUUCUUGCCAUCAUCAUCAACUUACAAGGUAUAAUUGGUACAGUAGCAUCAUUACUGGCUAUAGGUUGGUGUAGUUUAUCAGCAUCCAAGCUCUUUGUGACUGCGUUAGCCAUGGAUUCACAGCAACUCCUCGUAGCCUACCCCUGUGCACUGCUCUACGGUGUCUUUGCCCUACUUUCUGUCUUCUGAGUAAAAAUCAUUGAAAAUGCUUCACCAAUUUAAAGUUUAAAACAUUCAGUUGAAAUGGAAAGUUGACAUGUGCAUAUGACGACUUAUUGGGUGUUUAAAGGAAAACUUUUGUGCAACAAAUGGAAAGUCACUAGAAAUAUACAGUGUUACCCUGUAGACUGCUGCAAUGCUAUAGUAGAGAUUGAACAACUCCCAAGAAUGUUCUGUAAUCUGAUUGGUCCAAAUUGGAUCAUGUGAUAUUCAGCGAAUUCCACUAUUGCAUCCAAAAUGCACUAUCCUGCACUCUGACGUCAUACCAAAUGUACUAUCCUGCAAUCUGACUUCAGAGUGCAGGAUAGUGCUGGUUCUGGAAUUAUCUAGAAUUAUCUAGAAUUAUCUAGAAUUGAGAUCAAAUAUAGCAUUCGGGGCAACUCGGUAACAUGGGUGGGGGGUUCAACAAAACAAACAAUACAUGCAGUCUUGUGCAUAUAGGACCUAAAUAAUGAACUCUGUGC